UUUAUAUGCAUAUGGAGCGGUUUGGUAUUCAUCACGCAUCCAUCAAAAGCAAUGCUUUGGUACUGUAACUCUUGGUAACUAGUGACAAAUCAGAUCGUUUAAAUGUCUAAGGUAUCGCUUAGUGUCAGAUGUUCAAAUGUUAAAUUGUUACCAGUAGCAGAUCUUGCAGUAAGUGCAGUGAACGGGGGAUCUAACCGAAGAGAGCAGGUGUUGUGAGAGACCGACCGCAGGUUUUAAGACACCACACGUCUCGAUCUUAAUGAAAAAACAUUAGAUUAAUACUUCUGAAAAGUGGUUUAAAUGAGCAUUGAUCCGCUUUGGGACAUCCGUUGCUUUAGGGGAAUUAUAAAAUCAAUAUGAGUACAAGUGUUGCCAAGAAAGAGGGCGGAUCUCUUGGCCGCAAACAAUCUCUGAUGCCGGAUGCGGCGGCCCGGAAACAAUCCAUGAUUCCGCCGGAUGCCAGACGACCGUCCGUUCUACCGCCUGACGCACGGAAGUCGUCCAUUGAUCCCCAACACGCUCCCCAGGGCCGCAGAGCGUCAAUCAUGAUGAUGGAUCACCCACGACGUCCAUCCCAGGACAGGAAGCAGUCCAUUGUGGAAUCGACCACUGGACGGUCCACGAUGAUUAUGACGUCAGCACACACGCACCGUCCAAACGUCCGUUACGAGAACACGUACAAAACCGAGCCCGACGUCAAAUUCAGGAGUGCUGAAGUGCGGGAUACCAUUAAGGACCAUUUCGAGCGUGAACUUGGAACAAUGAAAUAUGACAAGGAGAGAUGUAUAAGUUUAACAACGACUUUGUCAGAAAAAAUUAAACAUUCAGUGAAAAUUCUAGGAUUCCCCCGCUACAAGAUAGUAGUGGUUGUAGCCAUUGGCGAGCAAGAGACCCAUCCUUCUAUUGCAUUCACUAGUCGCUGCAUCUGGAACCAAAAUACGGACAAUUUCUCAGAGUAUACAUUCAAAAACGCUUCGCUCUACGCCGUAGGACUGGUGUAUGCUAUGUAUAUGGACUAAUGGAGGUGCUAAGUUAAUCCAAAGUAAGACUUAUCAACGAAUUUCAGGAUAUAUAAUCAAACAAGUUGCCAUAUUUAUGUGUUGCUGUGAAGCGCAGAUACUUUCCUCGCUAUGAAUAAUCUUUUGUGAACUGAGACGGGAUGAGUGCUUCUUCCGACAAUGCAUUUUGAUAGAGAUUAGCCGUGAGCUGUUGAUGAGAAUGACUUUAUAAUGGAGUUCUACGUGUCUAUUUAUUUCCUAUGUGUGUUUUGAAGAGGACAGAAAGACUAUAUUUCAAUGUGAGCUUUUAAUUGAAAAUUGAAAACCAUUGAAGUUUUGUCGUUGACAGGUUCUCGAACAUUAAGCUUUUUAAAAGGUUUUUUCUUUCCUAGUUCUGUGAUAUUAUGGUCCACAAAAUCGAUCCGACAAUACGCAAGCCUACCAGAUUGCUUCAAUAAAAAAAAUUCAUAUAUCAGAGAGAAAAAAUCUAUACCGGCUUAUUUGUCUUACUAUCGUAAUUAAUACCAUAGUUCACAAAAACUUUUUGAAAAAUAAAUCUAAAGCAAAAGAAUUCAUCUUUACCUAACAGGGCUAAAAUCAACCAAACGGCAUCGACCAUAUAUUACAUAUGAAUAGUUUUUGUUUGAUAAAUUGUAUAAUGCUAUUAAUAAAAAUCAAUCGGAAUACAUGGGGCAUUGUCAGUUUUCAGAGGGGCCGGAGAAGAUUUAAAUUAAAUCACAAAACAUCUCUCUUUGUCAUCUCAAUGUCGGUCUUUUAAAAAAUAUGAGUUCCGUAGACUCAAAGCUUCGAUAACUUGGAAUGUAGACCCUCCAUACAAAUAUGCAAACAAAAGACUUAUAAUGGAUUUUUUAUUUCAUCAAAGUGGAUGCCUGCCUAAGUGCAUGGAUACGGUGCAGAUACAGGCGCGGAUCUUCGUGAGCGUACAGAAAAUUAUUAAACAUUCUAAAACGUAUGAAUACGUUUCCCACAAUUAUUCAGAUUGCUUUAACUAGAUGCAAUAUUUGUGUAAAUGCAGCUGUAUUUCAGAGUUUUGCUGUUUAAUAAUUUUUGCAAUCUCAUCCGAUAACAACCCGUACACUUCUCUUUUUUUAAGUCCUUAAAAGUCUUUGAUGAAUUCAAGUACACGUAUAUUCAAUUUGUGGUCUUUGGAUUAAAUACAAGGUGUUAAUGG